UCAGCCUCGAGAAGGUGACAUUGAACAACCACGAGACUUGCACCAGAAAGAUACUACAUUACGGAAAGACUAGGCGCAUCUGUACCGAACUCUAUGGUGGCCUCGGAAUACAGCUCCGUUGGUGCUGCGUAGGUUUCCGCGGCGAGCGCGAUCAAAGCCUGGUGCCUCCACUUGAGUAAUGCAACGAUGGUAGACCCAAUUUCAAUUACGACGGGCGUCCUCUCGCUUUUAGGAACAUGUUACAAGAUCGUCAGUGCUACUAAAGCUUUCCACGAUGGUAUGGUCAUCGUGGAUGUCAAGGUCACGGGAUUGCUCUCCGAUGUCGAGAGCUUCGCACAAGCAUUGCAAGGUUUAUAUAACACGCUAGAGGAAGAAAGAGUCAAGGCCACCUUUCAAAGUACAGGUCAUAUUGGCAAUCUAUGGAUGAAUUUGUCGAAAACAAUUACUGACGGACAGAACACUCUCGUCCAACUACAAAGCACACUCGACAAGAUCAACAAAACCGUCGGUAUUCUUGAUAAUGCUCGAAAGCAACUUCGACUCAACAGCUCAAUGGCUGAGCUUGCAAUGUUCCAACAGCAGAUACGGUCAUAUCGUGAUACAAUUCAGCUCACACUACAAACCUUCAUCUUGUAUGUUUCCCUUCCUAGUGUGAUUUAGUUGCUGAUUCAAUACAGAUGGAACCAGGUCAAGGUCAAAGAAUCCACAGACAAGAUCCUACCAAAUCUUGAUGAGCUUUACGAGUUCAUCAGACGAGCUACGUUCGACAUCAACGCACGUAUAGAUAGACUGCUCACUGUGAUCGAGUCGAAAUCCAGAAGC